AUGAUCAACUACCUUCCAGGGACUAUCGCCUCGCCAGGCAAAGCCAAGCAACCCCGGUAUAAUCCGGACCCUAUGCCACAUGGGGCAAUGCAUGCACAUGAGCUACCCGCUUCAGACUUUAUGCCUUCCUCUAUAGGGCCAGUGGAUGAUCCCCGGUACCAUUCGCACAGAGUUCGACCUCUGCAAAUCACAGCUCAUGGUCACGACUACCACCCAGAGUACGCCGGAAUGCAACCACGAGUAGAAGAUGAAGAUGAUGACGGACCUCCCCCCUCCUCCGCCAGCACACCGGUCACGAAGGUCGCACUCUCAGCUGCCUACCCCGAAGACCUCGCCCCAACCUUAUGCACCCUACGCACCCCAACCUACUUCUCGAUCAUCGGUUCCCCAUCUGCCAUCGACCUCGUCGCAGGUUAUGAACCGCAAGAGUCAUCUGAGACAGCAGCACUCGAGCGAUCAGUUCCCAGACGCAGCACCCACUGGGACGAUGAGAUGAUGAUUUCCCAGCCGCCCGCACCAGUUCCUGUACCAGCACCCGUCCACUACGAUGCCCCUGUCUACCCUCUACGAACAUCCCCCCGACCUAUUGAACAAAGACCCACUUCUAGCAGAGGUGGAUCUGUCAGCCCUGAUGUGCGGGCUGUGACCCGGAAGUCAGUCAGUCCGCGGCCCUCUUCCUCAGAUGUCGGGGGUGGCUCUUCGAUCCCUUUCUCACCCGACUCCUACAUCUCUCUGAACCCGAAUGCCUCUCACCCUCCCAGCCGAGAUCCUUCGCCGGCUUACGACACGCCUUCGCAAGCUAGAGAUGCCGUGAUACGUGGAAAGACUGAACCCCAUCGAGACGUGGAUCACCCAAUCAUCGGGGAUGAUGGUCGUGAAAUUGACCCCUCUGACCAUCUUCCCACCGAUACAUGGGCACCCGAACCAGAAAGGAAGAACCGCAAGCCUGAGGUUAUUAUCCGCUUCAAACACUCGCCUCGGCCAACUUCUCGAGGCAACGAUUCUCCCUCAUCACGCAGCACAGGCCCGCCACGUGUCGGAUUCAGAACGGAGACCACUACCUAUCCGUCGGAUCGUCCAGUCCAGUACACGCCCACCCAUGUGCACGCAAGUCCAGGGGCACUGGUCCGAACCCCGCCUCGGCCAGACUACGCGCGUGAGCGCUCCGACAGCUACACGCGAAAUCGGGCGUACAACACACCCACUUCGGUUGAGCGGCCGCGCUCUUCCCGAAGUUCUGUCUCGCCAUCUCCAGGGUCUCGUUCGCCGCUGUAUGACUACAGCCCAGGUCCUCCGAUUCCAAGCAAGGUACCAAUCACCGGAGGAAGCCCAAGCUACCCCGUCAUGUCUGGCAAUCCCACUGGAAACGUUCGCAUGGAUGCACUGAGUCGAGAGCUGAGUACGAUUGACAUUGGCUCCUCGGCGUGCAGCCCUGCCCGGGGGGCCGUUCGAAAGUACGUACCAAGACAACCAGCGUCGAUGGGCUACGCUAGGUAA